AUGUCGCUCAACCCUCAUCGUCGCGGCAGGUUGCUUGCAUCGCUGAGCAACGAUACCAACUUCGGCUCCCACUCUCACCCUGGCAUCGUCAGUCCGGCAGCGCUAAAUCUUCGUCGCAUUCAUGAGCAGACCGGCGCCCGACCGCCCGCAAAGGAUGCGCCCAAGCCCGCCGACGCGGCGGUUUCCCAGCCGGCCAAGGGAAAGCCGCGCCUGCUUCUCAUGGGCCAGAGACGAAGCGGCAAAUCGUCCAUCUCAAGCGUCGUCUUCCACAAACUUCCCCCGAAUGAGACCCUCUUUCUCGAGUCCACGGCGCGGAUACAAAAGGACUCCAUGGCGUCUUUCAUGGACUUCCAAGUAUGGGACUUCCCCGGCCAAAUAGACGUAUUCGAAAACCCAAACUUUGACAUGGACGCCAUCUUCGGCGAGAUAGGCGCCCUCAUCUGGGUCAUCGACGCCCAGGACGACUAUCUCGAAGCCGUCGCUCGCCUCAACUCGACCAUUUUGGCCCUGCAGGGCCACUACCCCAACAUCAACAUCGAAGUCUUCAUCCACAAGGUCGACGGCCUCUCGGACGACUACAAGCUCGACAUUCAGCGCGACAUCACCAUUCGCAUCCAGGACGAGCUCUCCGACAACGGCUUCGAGAAUGCCCCCGUCACCUUUCACCUCACAUCCAUCUACAACCACUCCAUCUUCGAGGCCUUUAGCCGCGUCAUCCAGAAACUCAUCCCCCGCCUCGGCACCCUCGAGUCCAUGCUCACCAACCUGUGUCGCACCUGCCGCUUCGAAAAGGCCUAUCUAUUCGAUGUGCUGUCCAAGAUUUACAUUGCAACGGACAGUGCCACCGCCGACAUGGCGAGCUACGAGAUUUGCAGCGACUACAUUGACGUCAUCAUUGACAUCACCGAGGUCUACGGCACCUGGCAGCGCAGCGACAAGUGCCGCAAGAAGCUCGAGGCCGAGCCUUGGAACGCGAAGCUCGAGGACCAGAUUGGCUGCUCAACCGCUGAGAGCUGCCUCGUGUUGCACGACAGCAACAAGCCCAUCAUGCUGCGCGAAGUCGACCGAUAUCUAGCCCUCGUGGCCAUCAUGAAGGACGACUCGUACGACCGGAUGCCCUUGGUUAACAUGAAUGUCGAGGCCGUCGUGGAGGGGCUAACAGAAUUCUUUGACAUUACCAAGCCGAGGAAGUGA